AACCGUUUCCUGCUGACGUCUCGUGUGUACUGUUUAAUCUUGACGGAUACGGUUUCUCGCAGCGAACAACUCCCGCAGCCCCUCUUAAUUAUCCGCCACUGAAACGAUGAGGAGGUGCGCACGAUGCGCUCCGCUCCGUUAACGCGUCGCGUUCGCUCGCGAGCUGCGUCGCUGAGCGCGAGGACGUCACGAGAAAACGGCGUCGUUCGUUUCUAACUUAACGUUACACAGACCUCACGUUAACUACACCUCGCUUGACAGCUACGGCCGGUGACAGGGUGGUAGUCUUUCAGGGUUGUGUUUUUCCUCUUCGAGAUGGCCGGGGGCAUUACAGAAACAGGGGAGCCUUACUCACCCUUCGUUGGCCUGGUGUACAUGUUCAAUCUGAUAGUCGGCACUGGUGCCCUGACCAUGCCCAAGGCCUUUGCAGCAGCUGGUUGGGUUGUCAGCGUCUCCCUCAUCACAUUUUUGGCUUUUAUGAGUUUCAUGACCACCACAUUUGUGAUUGAAGCCAUGGCCGCUGCUAACGCCCAGCUGCGCUGGAAGAGGAGAGAACAGGAAGAGAUUAACGACAGCGACUCCAGCUCGGACUAUUCAGAUGACGAAGUUGUUAUUCGGGGACGUUCGGAACCCGUUGAGACGCGGCCCAUUCUUUCUGUCCAGCGUGCUGCGAAUAUAGACCACUUUGACAUUGUCGAGAGAGUCGAGAUGGGACAAAUGGCCUCCAUGUUUUUUAAUAAAGUUGGCGUCAACAUGUUCUACAUCUGUAUCAUCGUGUACCUGUACGGAGACCUGGCCAUUUAUGCUGCUGCUGUGCCUGUGUCACUGAUGGAGGUUGCGUGUGGGAAUCACUCGUGCAGUGCUGGGAGCGUGAAAUACAACGACACCGAGUCGUGCUGGGGCCCCGUGAGCCGCAAAGAUGCCUACAGAGUGUUUCUGCUUGAAGUUUGUUCUAACCUCUAUCAACAAAGAUGAUUUUGAGACACAGGU